CAUUACCCACAAUGCACCUGUACUUACGUGAACCUAAGCAGCAGGAAACGGUGGAUCUGUAAACUGCAAAUACAAAAAUUUCAGAUUUAGGAAGGGAAAUCAGAUUAAGGCGUUAACCUUCUUCCUAUUGUGGUGAAAUUGUUUCAUAAUUUGAUCAAUAUGAGUUUUGAGGUUUUGUCGUAUGAGGGUUUGGUGCAUGCUGUGUCCGGAGCAAUGGGAAGUGUAACAGCCAUGACAGUAUUCUUCCCUCUGGAUACUGCCAGACUGAGACUUCAAGUGGAUGAGAAGAGGAAAGCUGCGUCAACUCUAGCAAUUCUAGCAGAAAUAAUCAAGGAGGAAGGAUUACGAGCUCCAUACAGAGGUUGGUUCCCAGUCAUCUGCAGCCUCUGCUGCUCCAAUUUUGUCUACUUCUACUGCUUCCACAGCCUGAAGGCCAGUUGGGUGAAGAGACAUAAAUCAGCACCUCACACUGACUUACUGGUCGGAAUAGCUGCAGGUGUUGUAAAUGUGCUUGUAACCACUCCACUGUGGGUCGUCAACACGCGACUGAAGCUUCAGGGCUCCAAGUUUCACAACACAGAUAUUCAUCCCACUUACUACCGUGGUAUUUUAGAUGCAUUCGUGCAGAUUACCCGUGACGAGGGCGUUGGGGCACUAUGGAACGGCACCUUUCCCUCCCUACUGCUGGUCCUCAACCCUGCCAUCCAGUUUAUGAUUUAUGAAGGUCUGAAGAGGCAAUUGAAGAAAGGAGUACCCAGAGAGCUCGCAUCCAUUGAAGUUUUCAUGAUUGGGGCAGUGGCCAAAGCUGUUGCCACCACUGUGACUUACCCAUUGCAAACUGUUCAGUCGAUUCUUAGGUUCGGUCAGUUCAACAAGUCAACGAGCAAGUCCACGCUGCUGUCCAGUCUCAUGACAAUCAAGUGUUUGCUUGUCAACAGAGUGAGGAAGUUUGGCAUGUUGGGUCUGUUUAAAGGCCUGGAGGCCAAGUUGAUGCAGACGGUGCUGACUGCGGCCCUCAUGUUCCUUCUCUAUGAGAAGAUUGCCAGCUGCACUUUCAGAGUCAUGGGAUUGAGGAACCACCAAAGAAACGCUCGAUAGCUAAAUAAAUGCAUUGGACUGUCUCACCAACAAUACAUCAUUGUAACCCUGUGUCAUAGAUCACAUGACCGGACAUUAUGUUGGUCAGAAGCCCUUCAUUAAUUUUCAAAUUAGAUCAGUAAAGAUACACUCUCUCACUGAA